AUGGAGGUUGAUCGCAGGCAGACUCGGAGGGAGCGAACUUUUGUGGGCAGUGAAUGUGCCGUCUGUGAGGAGCCGCUCGAGCACACAUUGCGGGGAGAGCGAGUCCUGCAAUUCUCCUGCAGUCAUGUCUCCCACGAGGCAUGUUUUUACGAGUUUAUCAGGGAAUAUGAGUCGCAAUACUGCCCAACAUGCAAUGCGCCACUUGGCCUGGAUACGAGUCGCGGUGGGAAUGUCUUGGAUAUCGAAAAAAUCAGCAACAUUGUGCGCUCGGUGACCAUGAGCGACACCGCAACCCUGCGGAGUGGUCUCGAAACCCCUACACCAUGGGAACAGUCGUCCGGUCGACGCGCCCCAAGUGACGGCGCCAGCCGUAUCACCAACGCACAGUCCGCGCCCUCGGUCCCUUCCACCUAUGUUCGACGCGACAGCCGCGAUGCGGCCAUGCAACGAGAGCGGGUUGAGCGCCUCACUACAGGCGCAUCGACCUCCAUUGCCGAGUCACGGCAACGACAGCAUUCUCGAAACGGAAGCGCAGCCGGCUCGUCUGGCGACUACCACGAAGGCCAACACCCGAGCAGCGGACGACGCCACGACUACGACGUGCAGGCCAUGGAAUCCGAAGUGAGCGCUCGUCCAAGCGCGGCCAAAAACCCCAUUCCCGCGCCCAUCGUCACGGUCCGCAGCGAGUUCCCCACAAUGAAUCGGUCGCGCCAACAGCAGACCUUGACCUGUCUCAUCACCGUCGAAGUGCCGGAAGGGAAUUGGCGCCCAGCCGUGGACGACUUGAGAGUGCCGCCUACUGCAGAUCCUUCGCUGGUGGAGGAGCCCCAGUCGGCGCGGCUUGGCGGCUUUCACCAGGACGCUCGGUUCGACACCCGGUCGAUUCAGUAUGAGCCUACUGAGAAUCUCGAUGAAGUGGCGGAGAAUCUGAGGAAACGAGUGGACAACUGGCACGGUCUCGAAUUUUCAAGAUUCGGUAAACUCCGACUCCACGGGCAGAUGCGCGUGGGCAAGGACCGCGAGUCAUGGCAAGAGCUAGAGUGUUACCUGUUUGCGGAGAUGCUCAUCUGUGUGAAAGAGAAGAAGACCCCCGAAUCGCAACAGUACGAGGAUAAACGCAAACCCACGCGCUGUACGCUGAAGGGUUCGAUUUUGAUCAAGAAGCACCUGAAAUCGAUCGAUGCAGGGACUGAAGAGCCGAUUCUCUCCCUCAACCUCUCCGUCAGCGAACUCCCAUGCUUUUACCUGCGCUUCCCCAACCGUCCUCAACUGGAAAUCUGGCAUCGGGCAUUGACUGGCGUGCAUCCCGGGGAGAUUUCGCCCCGCUCACAACACGACUACGACUACGAUCAUUUGGGAGCCGAGGAGGACGACUACAGGGGUGGGCGGAUUCAGCGACAAGGGUCGCUUACCUCGUCCUGUGGUGCAGGCAAGUCUAACAACACGACUCUGACCGACUACACCACCCCCGACGCCGAACGGCUGCCUCUCGAUUCCAUCCACAUCCCUAUUGAUAUCGUCGUAGUCAUUCCCGUUUCAUCCUCUAUGCAGGGCUUGAAAAUUACCCUUUUGCGCGAUGCCCUUCGAUUUUUGGUGCAAAGUCUCGGCGCCCGAGAUCGCAUGGGCUUGGUGACAUUUGGAUCCAGUGGCGGCGGUGUGCCUCUGGUGGGUAUGACCACGAAGUUCUGGAAUGGUUGGGGCAAGGUUCUCGAGUCGAUCCGUCCUGUCGGUCAGAAGAGUCUGCGCGCCGAUGUUGUCGAAGGUGCCAACGUGGCCAUGGAUUUGCUCAUGCAACGCAAGUUCAACAACCCAGUCUCGACUAUCAUGUUGAUCAGCGACUCAUCCACCUCUGAUCCCGAGAGUGUCGACUUCGUCGUCUCCCGCGCCGAAGCUGCCAAGGUCGGCAUCCACUCCUUCGGUCUCGGACUCACCCACAAGCCAGACACCAUGAUCGAGCUGUCCACCCGCACCAAAGGCUCAUACCUGUACGUCAAGGACUGGAUGAUGCUUCGGGAAUGUAUGGCUGGCUGUCUCGGUGCCAUGCAGUCGACCUCGCACCAGAACGUCAAGCUGAAACUUCGGUUACCCGAGGGGUCCCCGGCCAAAUUUGUCAAAAUCAGCGGUGCUCUCCAUACGACCAAGCGGGCUACCGGGCGAGAUGCAGAGGCCGCGUUGGGAGAUCUUCGAUUUGGGGACAAGCGUGAUGUCUUGGUGCAACUUGUCAUUCAACCGGACAAUGCUACGCAAGAAACCAUGCCACAGGAUCCCUGGGAGAGCUUGGUUUCAGGGUUAGAGGCCCUCGGUGGGGGCAUGGAUGGCGAUGAGCAGCGCGUCAUGAGCGUCGAAGAGGUUCCAUUGAUUCAGGCGGAUCUGACCUAUGGCGACCUCCUUCGUGAUGGUCAUCUCACCCACUCGCCCCGUCCCUCGCUUUUGGCCAUCACCAUGCUUCCACCCAACCCACGGGCUCGAAACCAGAGGUCAUCCACACCUCCCAUCCCUCCCCACCCUUCAAUCGUUCAGCGCCGCAUGGAGCUGUUGACGUCCGACAUGUUGACCAGAGCCUUGACCCUGGUCUCGCGUGGCCAGCAGGACCGUGGUCAGCAUCUGCUGAACGAGACCCGCAGUAUUCUCAAGGGACUUGGUAAGGGUGGACUCCCUCCACUUCCCCCCGCCGCCGCCUCCAGGCAGGGAGGCACCAGCGACGCAGGCAGUAUUCGGGUUGAGACGCCUACGUCAAGCUCUCCGAAAUCCUCUUCUUUUGUGGAGAGCCAUGCCUCAUCCGCGUCAGAAACUGCCACCAUCACUGCGUCGCCAGCCGUUGACGGAAAUACUAUGAGCGCAUUAAACGCCGACCUUGACGCAGCUCUUGAAUGGAUCAACCAUCCAGCCGUUUUCAGCCGUGACUCCCGUAAGGCGGUCUUGCAAAGUAUCGGGGUGAUCUCCUCUCAGCGUGCCUUCACUUUCCGCACGCCGUCGGAAGCACACUGGGCUCAGCGCAUCCCUGGUAUUCGUCGUCUGACAGACAAGUCGAGAGACUGGCGUGAGAUGGGUGACGAUGCCCUGACUGAAGAAUAG